AUGGCAACUGCGGGAAAGAUAGAUGUAGCUCCUCUUGCUCCGUUUGAUCCGAUAUCAGAACCGACAUCCUUAAGUCAACGAUGGAAAGUUUGGAAACGCAGAUUCGAAACGUAUGUAGUCGCGGUAAAUGUGAAAGAUAAUGCCCAGAAACGAGCAUUGUUACUUUAUCAAGCCGGUGAGGCAACACAGGAAAUCUUCGAUACACUUUCAGAGACAGGAGAGGACAAUGAUUACAAGACUGCAAUUGAGAAAUUGGACGAAUAUUUUUCCCCGAAGAAAAAUGUGGAUUACGAGAUAUUUCAAUUCCGUCAAGCAAAGCAAAACGCCGAUGAACCAACAGACCAAUUUGCAACACGACUUCGCAAACUAGCAGCUCACUGUGAAUUCCACGAUGUAGACCAUGAAAUAAAAUCGGCUAUUAUUCAAAAUUGUCGAUCUAAACAUCUCAGGCGGUAUGCCUUAUGGCAAGAUAAAGUGACUCUCACCGAAUUGUUAUCGAAAGCUAGAACAUUGGAAAAUAGCGAACAGCAAGCCAAGGGCAUUGAAGAACGUUUAGCAUCGACUAAUAUUCAAGACGAAGAAGCAAAUUUUGUAAAUCCCCCAAGAUCUAAUGGACAACAGCGACGACAACACUGUCGCAACUGUGGAUUAUCUUGGCCUCAUCGUGACGCACCUUGCCCUGCUAAAGGACAAACAUGUCGAAAAUGUAAUAAACAAAACCAUUAUGUCCGAGUUUGUCGCAGCAGCGUCCCAUCGACAAGGAAUCCUAUUAAUACAAGACCUAGACCUAUCCGCCCAGACAACAAUCAACACAAUAUUCAACAGGUUGGAUAUCAAGAAGACCACUAUUCGAAUAGCCCUAGUAGCAGCAGCGAUGAUGAGCAUUUAUAUACAUGUGUAGACUCUAAAUCAACAAAAAUGCCUUCGACCAAAGUACAAAUAAACAAUGUACAUGUCAAAAUGAUCAUAGACACUGGGGCAUCAAUUAACAUUAUUGACGAAAAUACAUUCGCCAAUAUCAACAAAUACAAACGUAUCUCAUUAAAACGAACACGUACUAAACUCUUUGCGUAUGGUUCCAAACAACAAUUACCAGUGAUUGGGACAUUCGAAGCCACAAUCGAGACAAAAAAACGAGUGACUGUCUCUACUAUUCAUGUAGUCAGAGGCAAUUAUGGCUCACUGUUAAGUUAUCAAACGGCUACAGAACUAAACCUUAUAAAAGUAAAUGUCAACAAUGUCAAAGUCACCGGUAAUGACAAAAUUGAACAAUGUCACGACUCUCUAAAAGAUAAAAUGGAUAAAAAAUUCCCCCAUUUGUUUCAUGGAAUUGGAAAAUUACACAAUUUUGAGGCAAAGUUGCAUAUUGAUUCUUCUGUACCCCCUGUAGCACAACCAGCACGUCGAAUUCCAUUUCAUUUACGAAGAAAAGUUUCUGCUGCUCUUAAACAACUGGAAAAGGAUGACAUAAUUGAGAAAGUUGAGGGGCCCACACCAUGGAUUUCGCCUCUGGUUGUUAUUCCCAAAAAUGACGGAACUGUGCACCUCUGCGUUGACAUGAGGCGUGCAAACUGUGCUAUCCAGAGAGAGCGACACCCAUGUCCCACGGUUGAUGAUCUUAUACAUGCAAUGAAUGGUGCCAAGGUAUUCUCCAAACUAGACUUGCGUUCGGGAUAUCAUCAGUUGUUGUUAGCAGAGGAAAGCAGAUAUAUUACCACCUUUGUGACACAUAAAGGAUUACGUAGAUAUAAAAGGCUUAAUUUUGGAACUAAUUCAGCUAGUGAACUAUUCCAGAAAGUUAUCCACGAUCAAAUUCAUGACAUACCUGGUGCUAUCAAUAUAAGUGAUGAUGUCAUAAUCUAUGGGAAAUCUCAACAAGAACACGAUACCGCUCUUCACAAUGUUUGUCAGCGCUUUACCAAAGUUGGUCUAACUUUGAACAACGAAAAAUGCCAAUUCAGUCAAACCAAAUUGACAUUUUUUGGUAUGGUUUUCUCGGCAGAAGGAAUUUCUGCGGAUCCUCAUAAAGUUUCAGCAAUCAAGAAUGCAUCACCACCAAGCUCUGUUAAGGAUGUUCGUAGUUUUCUAGGAAUGGCCACCUACUGUGCCAAAUUUAUACCCAACUUCAGUCACUUGAGGGAACCUCUUCGUAAGUUAACCAUGAAAAGUGCUCAAUUCCGUUGGACAAGAUGUGAACAAACUGCAUUUGAUAACAUUAAAAAUGCUUUGACCAGUGAUACAGUAAUGGCUUACUUUGACCAAACAAAACCAACUGAAUUAAUCACAGAUGCAUCGCCAUGGGGGUUAUCUGCAAUACUUGCUCAAAAUUCAACACAACAUGAUGAUCGCCGAAUUGUGGCUUAUGUUAGUCGGUCGUUAUCUGAGGUAGAGAGAAAAUAUUCACAAACAGAACGCGAGGCACUCGCUAUUGUUUGGGCUAUGGAACGGUUGCAGAUAUAUUUACGUGGUGGUAAGUUUACUUUAUACACCGAUUGCAAGCCCAUUGAACUAAUCCUAGGAAACCCGAAGUCCAAACCCCUGCACGCAUAG